ACCACCACCAGAGAGAAGGCGAGAACAAGGAGCCGGCGAACAAGAACAUAGAGAGAGAGAGAGAGAGAGAGAGAGAGGAGAAAGGAUCCCAAAUCUCAGGGAGGUGAAGAGAAGCUAUUUCCGGCAGAAGAAAUGGAGGAAGCAGAGGGGAGAGGCGGCGGGAGGGAGCGCGGGGAGGAGAGCGUGAAGCUGUUCGUAGGGCAGGUGCCAAGGCACAUGACGGAGGAGGAGCUAAUGGCUCUGUUCAAGGAGGUCUCCCUCGUUGACGAGGUCAGCGUCAUCAAGGACAAGGUCACCAAGGCCUCUCGAGGUUGCUGCUUCCUGAUCUGCCCGUCGCGGGAGGAGGCCGACAAAGCGGUUGCCGAGUGCCACAACAAGCGGACGCUUCCUGGGGCUGCUUCUCCCAUGCAAGUAAAGUAUGCUGAUGGUGAGCUUGAAAGACUAGAACACAAGCUUUUCAUAGGCAUGCUUCCAAAGAAUGUGUCUGAUGCAGACAUUGCAGCAUUGUUCUCAAAAUACGGUGCUAUCAGGGAUUUGAAGCUCUUGAGAGGUUCCCAACAUACAAAUAAAGGAUGCGCUUUCCUGAAAUACGAAACAAAAGAACAAGCUUUGGCUGCCCUUGAAGCCUUGAAUGGGAAACAUAGGAUGGAGGGAUCUAGUGUGCCUUUGGUUGUCAAGUGGGCAGACACAGAGAAGGAAAGGCAAGCUCGACGAGCACAAAAGGCUCCAUCACAGGCCUCCGGUAUUUCUUAUGCCAAUUCGAUGCAGCAUCAAUCAUUAUUUGGAGCUUUACCAAUGGGCUACAUUCCUGCAUACAAUGGAUAUGGGUAUCAGCCAACAGGAAAUUAUGGACUCAUGCAAUACCCAUUGACUUCAAUGCAAAGUCAAGCUGCAUUUCAUAAUAUGAUUCCACCAGUUAAUCAAGCAAAUACACUACACGCGAUCAGUUCUGAUGUUUCUACGACACCUAGGAAUUUUAACACAGCACAAUCUGGUGGCUUUAUAGGCUCACCAUAUCCUGCCCCUUCGUCAGGUUUUCAGUAUCCAUUAUCAUAUCAAAUUAAAACUAGACAUUUGGGCAAUUCACACAGCUCUGACCCGCCUGUUAAUAUGACGAUUAAUCAAGCAACACCUUCAAGUCCUAGGACUAUAUCUGGGCGACAGAUAGAAGGUCCUCCUGGAGCUAAUUUGUUUAUAUACCAUAUCCCGCAAGAAUAUGGAGAUCAGGAACUCGCAAAUGCCUUUCAGCGAUUUGGAAGGGUUUUGAGUGCCAAAGUAUUUGUAGACAAAGCAACUGGUGUUAGUAAAUGCUUUGGUUUUGUAAGUUACGACUUACCCACAGCUGCCCAGAUCGCCAUUGAUGCGAUGAAUGGCUCUCAAUUAGGUGGUAAGAAGUUGAAAGUGCAACUUAAGAAGGAAAAUAAAAAUUUAUUAAGUAAACCUUAUUGAUGGUCUCAUACUUUUCGUCGGAGGUUGUGUUCCCAGCAAUCUCUGGUCCGUGUUAUGUCGCGGAGAGAGGCUCUCGCUGUCUAUAGCUCUAUAUAACAUGACACAAGUUGAAUGCAUGCUAAUCAAUUCUUCCGAUUCCUCAUUCAAUCAUGUCUAAAAGAUGAAUACUAGUAUCUUUAGAAAUGGUACAUGUUGUGUAAUUUACAUACACCAUUCUUUUUGUAUUUAUGUACGACUGAAUCUCAUUUGACGAUGAACAAUUUAAUUCAUUUUAUCUUU